AUGAGUGAAAGUUCUCAUUUGUCGACAUCUGAAAGAAUUGAAAUUGUAAAAUGGUAUGCUAUGUACCAGAAUGCAGGUGAAGUUGCUCGUCAGUUUCAACAAUGUUAUGAUCGAACUCUUCCAACACGAAAGAAUAUUUUGAAUCACGUACGAAAAUUUGAUGAAACCGGAAGUGUUGAAGACGAACCCAGAUCUGGGAGACCUAGAUCUGUCAGUACCGAUGAAAAUAAAGAACGUGUUCGUGCAGCUUUUAAAGAAAGUCCUGCAACAUUACUACGAAGAGCUUUAUCUGAUUUAAAUCUGUCUAAAAGUAGUCUUCAACGAAUGAUGAAGAAGCUGGGAUUGAAGCCUUAUCGUCCUCAAUUACUGCAUGCUCUAAACGAAGAUGAUCCCGACAGACGUUGCGAAUUUGCUGAUAUCUUUCUGAAAUUGGUCGCUAAAGACACUUCGUUCCCUGAUCGAACUGUAUGGACUGAUGAAGCUACUUUCAAGUUGAAUGGACACGUCAAUCGACAUAACUGCGUUUACUAUGCUACAGAAAAACCUCAUAUUGUCAUUACUCAGGAGAUUAAUGCCACAGGCAUUAUUGUAUGGGCCGGAAUUUGGUCUGGAGGCCUUAUUGGACCGUUCUUCUUUCGUGAUACAGUUACUGGACGCAGCUAUCUGGAAAUGCUUGAUGAAAAAAUUGUUCCUGCGAUUGAAUAUCAGAUGAAUUCAGAAGAAAUAUUUUAUAUGCACGAUGGAGCUCCAGCUCGUUAUCAACAAUUCGUUCGACGCUUCUUGGACAAAACCUUCCAUGAUCGAUGGAUUGGUCGACGUGGACCGAUAGACUGGCCAGCACGAUUACCGGAUUUGACUCCGAUCGACUUCUUUGUAUGGGUGUGA